AUGGCUGGCUCGUUGGCAAGCCGUUCUCUGAUUGUUUUUGCCAUUAUAUCCUUAGGAUGUCUAUUUGCAAUUUCCAUUGCAAAGGAGGAAGCUACCAAGUUGGGGACGGUCAUUGGGAUUGAUCUUGGAACGACCUAUUCAUGUGUUGGAGUUUAUAAGAAUGGCCAUGUUGAAAUCAUAGCCAAUGACCAAGUGAAGGAAGCAUUGGAAUGGCUUGAUGACAACCAGAGUGUUGAGAAAGAAGAAUAUGAGGAGAAGCUUAAGGAGGUGGAAGCCGUUUGCAAUCCAAUCAUCAGUGCUGUGUAUCAAAGAUCAGGAGGAGCCCCAGGUGGUGGUGAAUCAGGCGAGGACGAGGACGACUCUCACGACGAGCUCUAG